AUGAGACUGCUGCUGAUCGCGGUUUCUCUUGCCAAUGUACUGUUUGCAGCCAGAGGGGUGUGCAUGCCCCUGUCAGACCCCGGCCCUCACAUCACCCAAGGCUGGGGCCAGGUGGUCCGCCUCCGGCACCUGUUCGCCACCAGGUCCGGGCUGCACCUGCUGAUCAGUGGGGACGGACAGAUCCGGGGCUCGGCGGAUCAGAGCGUGCACAGUCUGCUGGAGAUUCGGCCCGUGGAUCUGGGCUCCGUCGUCUUCAUCGGGGUGGCAACCUCACACUUCCUGUGCAUGGGGGGGGAUGGCACGCUCUACUCAUCGCUGACGUACAGCCCCGACGACUGCACCUUCAGGGAACACAUCCUGGCCGACGGACACAGCGUCUACACGUCUGCCGCCCACGGGGUCCUGCUCAGCCUGGGGGGCCUCCAGCAAGGCCAGCGGGGCCAGCGGGGCCAGCGGGGCUCGCACCGAGGGGUGCCAGCUCUGGCUCAGUUCCUCCCCAGGAUCAACACCCUGGAUCAGACCUCGUCUCCACGACCCGAAGCCCCCUCGCCGCCCGGCGCCGCACAGACCGACGCGCCGCCGGACGCCAUGGACUCCUACGGGAAACUGUCUCAGAUCAUUCACAGCCCCAGUUUCCACAAGAGAUGA